AUGGGCUCGGCUCCCCCCACUGCCGUCGUCCCCGAGCUCGGCCCUCGGCGCGCUCAGCGCAUCGCCCCGGAGCGGGCAGGGCCGCCCGCCGGGCCCGGCACGGAGCGGGCAGCGAGAGCCGCCGCCGCGGGGCCGGAGGUCUGCAGCGCACCGACCGGGUCCCCGCCGCGAGCGGGCGCGGCGCCUGGUGGGGGCGCACGGGACGCGAGGCCACGGCGCGGAGCCUCGGCGCCCUCAGCCGCCCUCCGCCGCCAGCCGCCGGCCCAUGUCCCGUCCGCCGCCCGCCGCGGCCCGCGGGCGGGGGCGGGGCGGGGCGGGCGCGGCGCCGGGGCCGCGGGGCGGGAGGACGGGCCCGGGGCGGGCGCGCGACGCACCGGCCGAGCCCUUGGGCGACGCGGGGCCCGGAGCCGCGGGGGUGGCGGCCGCGCUCGCAGGGGCCCCACGACGCGCGCCGAAACCCGCCAGCCUCGGAGCCUGCGAGCUCUGGGCGGAGGGGCCGCGCGGUGGCCGGAGCUGUCCCCGCCCCGGAGGCCGCGGCGGGAGUCCAUCCAGGGAAGGGGCCGUCGCGACCCAGGCGGCGCGCGCAGGGGACCCGGGGCGCGGGGCCGGGAGGAGACGCCGGCCCAGCCCGCGCCCCGCAGAGCUCCGUGCCCCGUAGGGAAGGUUCAGAAAAGCCUCCUGUCGUUCCCCUUCCUGGGCUUAAUCAGGUCGCGCACAGGGCACGCUCUCGGGGCGCUGAAGCUCCCCGUGCAGAACUCCGGUUCCCACGCUCCCAUCGAAGCCCUUUCUUUUCCACCGUGUACGGGUGUCACUCAUCGGGCCCCUGUCGCUUCCACUUUUCUCCUCCCCGCCCCCGUCACGAAAAAGAAAAACAUCCUCUCUGUUUUCAGGCUUCGAGGUGUCCAUGUCCGCGAGCAGCAGAACCACCAUUAUUUCGUGGAAAGCCCGUGA